UGUGUUGGCUACGUCUGCGACGGUGUCGGAACGAUGAGCAUUUUUCUCUCUCUAUAUCAUUCGCAGGCACGUCCCAUGUGCGGCGACGUCUUCUACACCGUCUGCCGCCCGAGCACCGAACGCGAGUUCCACUACAGGCGUUCGGUGAAUGCAUGCGUCGAGACGGCCGCUGACGUUGUGCACUCGUGCAACCGGGGAGUCAACAGGUUCGCCUCGCUCGCCCACUGUCGCCGAAGCUGCACGCAUGCGGGGCGUCGUCCUGCCAAGCAAUGCUUGGGCAAGCCGUUGCUCACAAGCUGUGCCAGGCAGGACGUUCUGUUCAGCUGGUGGGUCUUCGAGGGCCGCAGAUGCGUCCCUUGGAACUUCCCUUCGGGCGGAUGUCCCGCCAACGACAGCGCCGUCUUCCACACGGUACACGAAUGCAGGUCGCGCUGUUUAAACGGAAAACAGCGGGACUCCCAAUGCCUUCCUCCCCGAGCGGUUGCCUGCGAUAGCCGCCAUCUGAAGUAUCCCUUCUUUGCCGACUUGUCCAUGGACCACGUACGGUGCCUCCGAUCAUCGCCCGAUGUGCUGCAACACCGCCGGUGCCUGAUUGGAACGAACAGGUUCCGCACACGCGAAGCGUGUAUGGCGACGUGCAAAAACAGGCCACUGGGCUAAGCAGCGCUUCAUU